AUGGUGUUAAUACUUUCACGUAUUUAUACCUUAUUACAACGACCAAAUAAAAAUACAAAUUCAUUAAAUAAUGAACAUGUUAAUAAAGAACAAACAAUAAUUGAUAGUUCAUCAAUAAUAUCAUCAUCAGAUAAUAUUCUUAUUGAACUUGUUGAAGAAUUAUAUGCACCUAAAAUUAAUGAAUGGACUUUAUUAUCAAUGACAAAUAUUGCACAAAGAAAAAUCACUAUGUUUUUAUUGAUGUUAUCACGUUUCAGUGCUUGUUUUGAAGAAUCAGGCAAUCGUUUAUUUCUUAUUGCUGAUCGAAAAUAG